AUGGUUUUAGUCAAUAGAAACCAGGAUCCCGACCAUGUGGUCAGGCAAAUUCGACAAGAGGAUGCAGCUGGGGAACAAAACCUAGAGGCUAUUGUCGAACGGAUCAUAAUGCGAAAUAGAAUAAGCCCAGGCCUACAGAGGCCGACAUACUCUUCAUCUUUACCAGACUCUGUCUUACAGACAGAACUUCCUAGGGGGUGGAAAGUUCCGAAAUUCAUAAAGUUCGUCGGGGAUACCGAGGAGUCCACCGUCGAACAUGUUGCCAUGUAUCAAACCGAAGAUAUCGACAUAGCGAAUAAUGAGGAUUUGAAGUUAAAAUACUUUCCAAGUUCUCUUACAAAGAACACGUUCACAUGGUUCACAAUGCUACCUCCACAAUCAAUCCAAACAUGGACGCAAUUGGAGAGAUUGUUCCAUGAACAAUUUUACAUUGGGCAGUCGAAGAUUAGCGUGAAAGAACUAGCCAACGUCAAACAAAAAACUGCUGAGUUAGUUGAUCUGUACUUAAACAGGUUUAGACUAUUGAAAGCGCGAAGAUUUACUCAAGUCCUUGAGCAUGAGUUAGUUGAAAUAGCAGUCGAGGGUUUAGAUUAUUCUAUAAGGAAAAAAUUGGAUACUCAAUAUCUCAGAGAUAUGGCGCAAUUGGCUGACAGAGUUCAAUGCAUCGAACGCCUGAAAGCUGAGAAGACCAAAACUAGUCGAUAUCAUAAGAAAUAA